AUGAGCGACGCCACAGGGACAGGAAAUGACGCGGCCGCAUUAGACGCGACCGACGCGACGACCAACUUCGCUGCGGACGAGCAGGACGGCUCGGACACGCUGCUGCAGAGGCAGCUCACAGCGCUGCGGGCCUGCGGCUGGCUGUCGCUGCUACUGUACGUGCCGCUGUCGCUGGCCGUGGCGUGGCGCACGACGCUGCACUUCCGCCACUCGAGCCGCGGCGCCAAGAAGGCCUUCCACGCGACGCUGCUGGUGGCCACGCUGCUGCAGCUGCCCGAGGCCGUCGAGUGGAUCUGGUACCCGACGUCGCAGAGCUGGGAGGCCAUGUACGUGUGCCGCCUCUACGCGCUGCUGCUGCUGUCCUUCUGCAAGUCGUACCUGGCCAUCUGCUGGGCCGGCGUCGUCUCGGCCGGACAGCGCGUCGCGCGGCGGCGCAUGACCAAGCUGGUCACGGUGCUCAACGCGCUGCUCGUGCUCUGGGGCGCGCUCGUGCCCAUCUUGCUCUCCAGCUACAGCGACGAUGUCUACGGCCAGUACAGCUUUAUGAGCAGCACGCUCCGCGCCGUGCUGACCUACGCCGGGGUCCUCGUCGUGCUCGCGUACGGCGUGCUGCUCGGCUACCAGGGCUUCCGCCUGCGCCGCCGCCUGCUGCUCGCGCGCGGCACCGUGCCCGCCAGCAGCGUCGAGAAGUCCCUCAACCAGCUCAUGCUCGCCGUCUUCAUCUUCAUCGUCUCGGACGUCGUGCGCCUGCUGGCGCUGGUGCUCAACGAGUCCGGCAUCGCCAUGUCCAUGAUCGUGUACCUCAUACUGUACAACAUCAUCCCGAACGUCUUCCCGACCAUCUCGAUGCUCUACCUCAUGCGAAGAAUCACUGGCAGAGGCGGCGGCAGCGACGUGGGCGUCACCAACAUGAAGGCGGAGGCCCGCAAGCGCACGCUGUCCAAGUACAUGACGGAGCACGACUCGGACAGCAGCGGAGGGAGCCCAGGCAGCGACAGCGCAGGCCGCGUCUACAACGAACACGCCGUGGCGAGGGCGCAGUGGGAGCUGCAGGCCCAGCAGCAGUACCUCGACCACCAUCCGCAGGGCCAAAUCCACAGCGCUAGGGAGGGCCAGGAGUCCCCCACGUUCUUCUGGGUCCGCGAGUCCAUGGAGCUCCGCUGA